AACAUGCGUCAUGGACCAUUUCCUUCUUUGUUUUACUUAGGUACACUUACUUAUUAAUCGGAAGAGAAAUCUGUUGUGCCAAUUUUUCUAUCACAUAACUAGGGCAAAGGGAAAUUGGACCUAUCCUAGCUUUCCUUACUAUGGCCAAGCCCUAAAAGAUUUAGGUCUCCAGUCUCCAAAUCAAACCCAAUACAUUAUUAUUCUGAUAAUAUGUAGUUCAUCGCCACACUAGCCACGAAUUUAACACAUAUUUAAGGAAUGAAUAUAAAUAACAGGGCAGUGUGUGUAUUUCGCGCGUUCAUGUAAUCCAUAAACCCCUUUAUACGGUUCGUUCUGCUACACAAGGACACUGAAACCGCCUUACAAAAAACUCCGGAAAGACAGAGGGGAAAGAGAGCACGAGUAAGCACGGGCGAGGCUGCAGGAGGCAGUGUCCUCAGGCUCGAGCCCAGGGCUCGCGGAGCUCGGGCGUCGCCGCUCCAGGGCCUCCCGCAUCGCCCUCCCUCCAGCCCAGACAGCGGCGCUAUUUGUUAAUGCAGACCCGCCCCCCGCUCCCGGCGAGUUUCCGGCCUAAGUUCAGAAGGCUCAACAUGGCGCUGCUGAAGCGGGCUCGUUUUUCUUGGGGUGUCCCGCUGCCUUGCAGUCUCGAUCCUCGGCGGUUUUUCAGUUAUGGAACAAAAAUACUAUAUCAAAACACUGAAGCUUCAAGGUCUGAAUUCUUCCCACCCCUUCGAAAAGCGAUGCUGCCACCUAACAGUUUUCAAGGAAAGGUGGCGUUCAUCACUGGGGGAGGGACUGGCCUUGGUAAAGGAAUGACAACUGUUCUGUCCAGCCUCGGUGCCCAGUGUGUCAUCGCUAGCCGGAAUAUUGAUGUUCUGAAAGCUACCGCAGAAGAAAUUUCUUCUCAAACUGGAAAUAAGGUUCAUGCAAUUCAGUGUGAUGUGAGGGAUCCCGGUAUGGUUCAGAACACGGUGUCAGAGCUGAUCAAAGUCGCAGGACAUCCUGAUGUCGUGAUAAACAAUGCAGCAGCGAAUUUUAUUUCUCCCACCGAAAGGCUCUCUCCUAAUGCUUGGAAGACCAUAACUGACAUCGUUCUAAAUGGCACUGCCUUUGUGACGCUAGAAAUUGGAAAGCAACUAAUUAAAGCACAGAAGAGAGCAGCAUUUCUUGCUAUUACAACCAUCUAUGCUGAGACCGGAACAGGUUUUGUAGUACCAAGUGCUUCUGCCAAAGCGGGUAUAGAAGCCAUGUGCAAAUCUCUUGCGUCUGAAUGGGGUAUAUAUGGAAUGCGAUUCAACGUAAUUCAACCGGGGACUAUAAAAACCAAAGGUGCCUUUAGCCGUCUUGACCCAACUGGAGCCUUCGAGAAAAAAGUGAUUGACAACAUUCCCUGUGGUCGGCUAGGAACUCCGGAGGAAAUGGCAAACCUUGCUGCUUUCCUUUGUAGUGAUUAUGCUUCUUGGAUAAAUGGAGCAGUUAUUAGAUUCGAUGGUGGAGAGGCAGCGCUUAUUUCUGGGCAACAGAACCAUCUGAGGGCGGUAACACCAUUUUGUGUAUAUAACAUAAUGUUGGCAGCCAGGAUACUAAGCUUUAAAAACAUGUGAGAACCACAUUAAAUAGACUUUUUUUGUGUGUGUGUGUUAGGUCACCAAGGAGCAGUGGGACACAAUAGAAGGACUGAUCAGGAAGACAAAAGGAUCGUAGGACCACCCUGGUGUUCAUUCUCGGUUUGAAAAGAAGUCGGUGAAUAGAAACGAUCCAAACGGUCUCUAAUCUUUUAAGUUUUUUCAAGUCUAAUAAAUUGUCAAUUAACAAACAUA